AAGUUAUACUGCAGCGGGGUUUUAAACACGUGGUAGUGUAACGUUUGAAAACUUACAAUACCAACUUCUUGUUCCGAUUAUCAGGUUAUACUAACCUCGCUUUCGUGUUCCUUCUGAUUACUGUCAGUUGCUUUUGGUCAUAUAUGCAAAUACACUCUAUGUGCCAAAUGAGUCAUCAGCUCAUUUAUCCUUCUAUUCCAGAUAUUCUCACUGCUACUAACAUUCAUCUAACACACAAGGUACCUUCAGGCUAGAAGCAAACCUUCCAAAGGCUGAGCUUUACAUUGUUGUAGCGCGUUAGUCGGUUUGUUUCUGGUUUCGAUGUCACGGCUGUCUAAAUCCAAAGCUUGUGUCAGUGCUAUUUGUUGUGCAUUCUUUCCUUAAUAACUGUAAGUGUAUUAUGUGUGCUUGCUCGGCCGUCGAUCCACUUUUACUUCUUUUUUCCUCCCAGCUGUCGCCAUGUUAUUCUACAUGCUCUCCGGUACACAAAGUAUCUUCUAGCUAGGUGCGAAUCGCUAAAAGUAGGGCUGGUGUUAGCUUCGAGUCCUAAUUCUUAUGUCAACAUUACUGGCUGUGAUUAUCGAACUUUCGUAAUAGUGCGAUUUUGUUUUCUUUAGUUUUCGGUAGUUUUGGUUAUUAAAUCUUUCGUCACGCACUCCACUUUGCACGCUCCCCUAGCACUCCGAGCACCUUCAAUUUUGACGCGAAACGCUAAAUAUUACGUCAACUUUAGAAAUGACACUUCCUUAUGGAAUCCAAUCUACCGCUUUGCUAAAUACUUCAUAUAUUGGAAACACGUCGAAGCAUGUGUCAGAAGAAUUCUUGUUUUUAGAAUCCAAGUGGGCUCAAGUAUUUACGGGAUUAGUUGCUUUUACUGCAAUUGUCAUUACCUGCCACCAAAUUUAUUUGCAUCUAAUUAAUUAUACUUGCCCAAAUGAGCAAAGAUGGGUCGUUCGAAUUCUAUUCUACGUGCCAAUCUAUGCAUUUGAGUCAUGGCUAAGCUUGCUUUUCCUAAAACAUGAAGAUUAUUAUGUAUAUUUCGAUUCUGUACGAGAUUGUUAUGAAGCAUUUGUGGUCUACAGUUUUCUAAGUUUGUGUUAUGAAUAUCUCGGUGGAGAAAGUUGCAUUCUGUCGGAAAUUCGUGGUCGUGAGUUACCGCGAUCAUGGGGAUUUUGUACUUGUUGCUUUUAUAAUCAAACGUAUACAAUUGAGUUUCUGCGAUUUUGCAAACAGGCAACUUUACAGUUUUGUGUGAUUAAACCGUUGACAUCGAUUGUAACUAUUAUUCUACAAGCUGUUGGCGUAUAUAAACAUGGAAUUUUCAGCUCUACAAAUGGCUACUUAUAUGUGACAGUAGUAUAUAAUGGAUCUGCAUUUGUGGCACUUUAUGCUUUACUUUUAUUCUACUUGGCUACUCGAAGCAUCCUACAACCAUUUGAUCCUGCAAUCAAAUUUGCUGUAGUUAAAUCCGUUGUAUUCUUAUGCUUUUGGCAAGGUAUUAUACUAGCUAUUCUAGAAAAAACUGAAGUUCUGCCCGCUUUGCCGAGUACGAACGCCGGUACAGUUGCAGCAGGCAUACAGAAUUUCUUGAUAUGCUUAGAAAUGUUAGUCGCCUCAUUUGCUUUACGCUUCGCUUUUCCCUCACAACUAUAUACUGAUGGAGUCGGAACUGGACCAGCAAAUAGUGGCUAUGAUAGUCUUGGUGGAGUUGGUGGUGAAGUUUCUCUUGAAUCCAAGAAGCGUGGAUUUCUACCGUCUUCUGAUUCUCUACGUAGUCUGCGGGAUACAUUCAAUCCUAAAGAUAUGUUUAAUGAUGCGAUCCAUAAUUUUCAUCCGAAUUAUCAAAAAUACACUCAACAACGUAACCUCAGUGAUUUCGGUGAUGAAACAAUCGAUUCUUAUCAAGGUAAUACAUUUAAUAGUAAUACUGAUCUAACUAAUAUUCAAUCAACAGUACCAGCUCCACCGAUACCACCACCACUAAGACCAUAAUCCAAUUAAAUGAUCUACUUUCACUAAUUGCUUUGAUAUUAAAGAAGCCAGAUAAUCUGUUUUGUUUUUGUUUCUCGUGGUUUUCUUUUUUUAUAUUUUCUUUAGUGUUAGAUAUUGUUUCCAUGUGUUUAUUUAUCAUGUAUAUCUAUCUAUGUGUGUGUGUGUUGUUUAUACUUGUGCUUUUGCUGUAUGUUCAUAUCAAAUGAUCUUGUUGUUAUUCCUAUUUCAUUCUCUAUAGAUUUAUUUUAUCAUAUUAACUUGUCGGUUCAUUUAUGAUUACAUGAUAGAUGAUGACCCAAGCAUUAUAGAUUUUUCUCUUUUCAUUUUUUGUAAUCAUUACUUUCGCAAAUCACUUAAUAUACACUAUGUCGUUUGACUAUUAUCUUUCCUAUUUAUCUCUCUAACGUUGUUUAUUUAUUAUUGUCUAGUCUAAACAAGCACUGCUCAUAUAUUUCAUACUACAGAUUAAUCGAAAGAUUGUUAUUAGGAAGGAAAUUUUACUGUACAUAAAUUAAUAUUUACUAGUAAAUAGAAUAGAAUAUUUUUCGUAUUCAUCUAAUCUCAUUUGACCAUUACCUACAGCGAAAGUUAUUUUUAGGCAUUUUUUGUCAUGUUUUUAAAAAAAGAACUUGUUACUGCAUGCAUUUAAACUUCUCAGAACAUACAGUUAUUUAAUUCUUUCUGAUAUGGUAGUAUGUGAAUGAUUAUUAAUUCACCCCUUGACAAGAUUCAAUUUGUGGAUUAUUUGAGAAUAUCGUUUUGUUCGUCUCAUAUACUGUUCAUUUGUUUGUCUUCGUGUGUUUAUAUCCCCGUGUUUCUACCAUAACUGUAUGUGCUAGUAUGUAACACUGGCAGAUAUUGUUUUACUAGUAGAUUUAAUUUUUUGUUGUUUCGUCAUCGCUAUUAAUUUUAAUGUUAUUCUUCAUAAUAUCAACUGUGUGUAUUAUAUUAUUCAUUGUCUUCAUAAUAUAUAAAUUUGAACUAGUCAAUCAGAAGUUAUAUAAUGAGUACAUGACAUGUUUCUGGGUGUUCUGUCACAAAACCGUAAUUUAAUGCCUUAGAUUUUAAACAUAAGUCAUUUGUAUAGCUGAAUUAUUUGCUGAAAAUUUCUUACUGAUACCAAAUAAUUAAUAAAUUAUUCGAUUUCUCACCAGUCAUGGAUUUUAACUUAUCUUUCUGUAUAUUUUUCGCGCCCAAAUGCCCUGGUACGUCAGAGUGGAGAGAGUCAGCGCUCCCUCUCGAAAUGCUCUAACAUGAACACGUGCAUACAACCACUGCCAGGGAAGUCCUACUCACUGCCUUCUCACGGCAUUACUGUUGUUUACGAAAUCGAGAGAACGAAAAGCGAAUGUCCGGCGCUUUAACCGUGUUGGUGGAUGUGGAGGGUCCAACUAGGAGAGUUGUAAAACCCCGAUUCCAAACCAAUGGUGCACAUGGGCUCCAGGAUCCUGAAGGAACAAAUGGCGUAUUAACUAAUUGUUGGUCACCGAUUAUCAUGUGACUGCAUCUCCUGACGUUGCUCCUCUGCCUUGUGGAUCAAACCUUUAGGUCAUAGGCUCCGGGUGUGACCCCCUAAGAAAAUCACCUGCUUAUGUCUGGGCGUUCGGGCAGUACCACAGCCCUCACACAAAUCAAUGAUAACUGUUAUUGGCGUCAUUGUUAUUGUGUGGCGCAUGUAUAUUUGGUGCCCGCUUGUACCAAUGUUUAUGUGUUUAAAUAAAUAAAUAAUGUUUUACGAUUACGAAGUUGGACCCAACUGUUUAGCUUUUGGGUAGCACUAUUGUUAACAUCUUAAUAUCUACGGUGUAAAUCUGUGAAGAUUAGUGUUAGCCUGUACUUUUUCAGUGAUGAAUGAUUUCUUACGUCAUAUUAUUAUAUUUUUUAAAACUUGUUCAUUAGUAUCUUAAGUAAUCUUCAAGCACAAUAUUGUCAAUUUGUAGGCUUAUUUUUUUGUUCUACGCAUCUAGCUAAAACUAAUAUCAAGCAAGCUGUUCGCCUGUAGUGUCCUAUACUAGUCUUACUUGUUUAGAUAAUUAAUACUCUGUUGGGAUGUUGAGACGUUUUGAAUGGGGAUAUUUGUAUGCUUACGACGUAAUUUUCAUCAUAGAAACCAUGUUGCACUGAAGAACCUGGAUAAACGUUCAUUAGAACUUUCGUUUUUCACAAGCACCUCUGUGCCCGUCGAUCAGCGCCAACUUAGUAUACUCGAGAGAUAAUUACUUUUCGCUGUAAAUCGGAGGAAUCAUUUUUGACACUAGUCACUAGUGAUCACACGAUAACUUCUUUAUUAAUCUGGCUCUGUGGGGAUUGUUUAUUCAGGUGGUUUUCACUACAAACUGAUAAAUAUCAGUUAUUAUUAUGCGUAUUUUUUCAUUUAUAUUUCAUAUAUUCUGGUCGCAUGUUUACUUAUCCUGUUUUUGAUGUAUGAUAAAGCAAUAGAUAUCGAAUUAAUUUUUAAUAUGAAGUAAAGAUGUUACAACGAACGAUGAGUGAAUAAUUUACAACAAUACUGGAGGUGUUAAAAAUAUAAAUAAAAGAAUAAAUAAGUUAGAUUCAUAGUAAGUGUUGUGAUCGUCAAGAGAAAACAAUCGAUGAAAACAAUUUUUUCUAAGUUGUUGAUAUACAUUUUCUGAAUAAUUAAUUAUUAUUUAAAAUGAUGACAGUAUUAUUCGUCAUUGCAUAAAGAUAAUUUUCAACAGAAUUGUUUAAUUAUUAAUUGAUUCCUACCUUUCUUUGUUUAAAUUACACACUCAAAGUGGUUGAUCAUUUGAAGAGAAAUACUUCAGCUUCACUCGAUUCCGAAUGGUAAUCCUUAUUAUCUUGGUGGACUGUUUGGUGGCGUUUCAGUUAAUCCAAUGUUUUGACUUGGUAUUUUCAACUCAACAGUCCCCAUCUAUAUUAAAAACUUCGUUUCUAAAUACCUCAAAUGCUGAUUUAUAAAAUUCAUUCAAAAUCCUUAGAAUUCCUAAACUCAACUAUUGGUUACGUAGAAUUAUUAUUUCCUGAGUUUCAAUUUUGAUUUAGUUUUAGUGUUUCUGCGUAUCCAAUCAGCUUGAUUUCACAUUUCCGUCAAUAUCUUGAGAAAAUUGCUAAUAAUAUCCGUAGCUACUGACAAAUGGUCAAAGUAGACAGUUCUUAUGACGAAAAUAUUUGAACGCAGAUUUACCUUUCAGCAAAACACCUAUUUCUACGACUAGGUCCAAAUUUAUAGUUAUUAGGAAAAGUUAAUUUUAGGGUAAACGGACUCUAAAUAACUGAACUUACGAAAUAAUAGCUUUUUGUACAUAUUGAGAUGGUUAGUGAAAAAUGACAAGAUUAAGACUUUGGUUGCAUGAGAUAAUAUUGUCUACCUGGUAAUUAUGAAUAAGGUGAACAAGACGAAAAACAAAUAAAUAAAUAUUGUGAUAUGAAAUAACUAGUAGUUAUGGAAUAUUAGAAAGGAAAAAUAAUUUUUGACCAAUAAGCGUAAGAAGGACAAAGGCGGCUAGUACUAUGAAAGAGUGACAGAUUAGGCGUAUUGGUUUAGUAUGCAGAACUUAAAAAUGAGUCGAUCAAUUAAUAUAUCAACUUUGGUGUGUCUUCUUAGUUUUCACUCGCUUUAAGACAGUUCGCUUUACUGCAUUGAUCAAUUAAAAAGAAUUGUGAUGUGAAUAGUAUUUAUGAUCUUCCUUAAAAGUGAACCAUUACUGCUUUUGAGAGACAAGUUCAGUCAUACUCGGAGAUACGCUUCCAUGGAUCUCACUUUAUGCUACUGAUUUUGCGUGUUUUUACGGAACCAGGUAAACUCUUUCUACUUUCAAUAUCUAGUAGUCAUUUGUUACUAAUUCUUAUUUUUUUAAGUUGUUAAUCAGCUAUAAUUACAACGUUCAAUUUUUCAUUGGAAUUCGUUGAAAUCAUGAAUCGACCACCACUGAAAACCUGCCAUCAGUGGGUUGUCGUUCCGUAUUAGUAUAAGAAUCCUCAGUAGUGUGCAUGCAGAACUGUGCAACCGUUUCAUUGGUCUAGAGGUUAGGCGUCCAAGACCAAAGUUCCUGUCUCGAUUCCCAGUUGCGGAGCCUUUGAUGCACACUACUGAUGGUUCCCAUAUAAGGAAGAAACGGCCAUCCAGUACCUUCAGGUUUUCAAUGGUGAUCUAAUUUACAUUGGUUCAUGAAUUCACUGAAAUUCAACAAUAUCCACAAUCAUACGGAAAAGUCACUAUUUCACUUAUUCUCGUUCAUCAUGUAAUUAUCAGGUAACUAGUACUAUUUUACCUAUAAAUCGCCAGCCAUUAGAUCAUUACUUGACCCUUUAAUAUUCUGUAUUCUGAGCUAGCGAUUCCACUGUAUUUUCAAACAGAAUACAUGCUAAAUAACUACAAAUAUAAUCAUACUGUUUCUUUGGAAGUUAUCACUGAAAAGAUUUCCUCUGAUUAGUAUAUAAAUAAUGAAGUUAAACGAUACCGGAUCUUGAAGACGUAUGAAAGAGGUACAAUGUCAUUCCUUUAUCUUACUUACGCCGCCCAACAAUAUUCUCCAACCAACUCUGUCCUGGAAAAUCCUUGACAGUUGUUUACAACUGCUAUUCAUUCUCUUAAAGUCUGCUUCCAAUUACCGACACAAUGUGUUCCUUGGACUUUUUUCUUAACUAUUCAGAAUUCCAUGCUAGAGCUUGCCUCGUGAUGCAGUUUGUUCGUUUUUUCAUUGCAUGUCCUAUCCACUUCCAACAUCUUUUCUUACUUUCCUCUUCAGCUGGAAGCCAUUUUGUUCUCUCACACAGUACGUUGUUGCUAAUGGUAUCCGGAAAAUGAACAUUGCUUAUCUUGUGUAGUCAAUUGUUUGUAAAUAGUUGUACUUUUUUGAUGAUGGUUGUGGUGCGAUGUAUACUACUUAUGUUGACAGGUAUAGGUAGUAUGCAGAACCAGUCGGAAGUAGAAUGCAUGAGUGAAGAAGAUUGGGAAGAUUCAGUUAAAGAAACGAUGGAGGGAAACAAAAAGUAAUUGUAAUCAAAACGGAAUUGGAAGAAUCAUGAAUCAUGUAAAGGCCAACUGGUGGAAGAUGUGCAAAUUACGUACUGUAUGUUAUGUAUGGUUUUCAUAAAUUGGGAAAGCACUAUCAUGCUGUGCAAGUACGAAAACUUUCCACCACUUCCAGAACUACACGACGUGUAAUUCUCUGGGACGACAUUUAUAAAACAUGUCCAGUUAGGCUAAGAAUGAAUCAUUAUUCCUUUGUCUUUCACAAUUAAACAUUUCUAUAUAUACAUCUACAAAUAAGAUUAUGGAUAAUUUUCACCUAUUAACCAUUGAGUUUUGGAUAAUUGUUCUUUUAAAUAUAACCUGUUGUUUUUAUCUUUUCUAUUGUCACAUUUUAUUACGCUUGUUUAAAAUGAAAGUUUUAAAGGUGUAAUUCAAUUAUAAAAUGAUUCAGUAAAGAAGUGUUAGUUUAUUUGUUUUUUUGCUUCAAUGCUCAUAGUUUAUAUUUUUAUUCCUUCAUUACUUAUCUGAUUUUUCUAAUUUUCUUUUUCUCUUUUCUUUUUUUUAAGUCGCAUUAAUCAACUGACUGUUGUUUUUAACUUUAUAAUAAAAUUUACCUAUUCAAUUAGUUUAUCAUCUUCAGUGAAAAAAAAACAGAAAAAAAACUGAUAAUUAUUUAGUUUGUAUGAAUAAUCUGACAGAAGUCGGGCGCCGAGUAUAGAGAAGUCAUUAUAUAUGAAAAUUAUAUUUGAAUUAAUCUCAGCGAUUAAAAUUUAAAUAAUUCCAACGUUUCGUCCAGCUAACUUGUCUGGACUUCUUCAGGGUAGAAUAAUCAAAAUCAUCAAGCAAACAUAUAACGUUUUAACAAUCAAAUCAGGGCACAGUCAUGCUGUUACGCCAUGGUUUUCGCGCACACGUGACAUAUUGUAGAGGAUUUUGGGAUGUCGUUAUUUAUCAAGUAUAAACAGUUUUUUCCGUCUCACGUUAAUUUUCGUAAUGUUUGUGCUUGUUACAUGACAUUUAUUGCAGUUUAUUAGUAGUUUGACAUAUUUGUUGCUGACAUCCUGUGUGAAUGUUUAGUAAGCUUUAUGUGGUUAUUUGUAACAUUACUAAUUCAGGCUAGUGAAAUUCACCGUUUAUCAAGUCAAAAAUAGACCGUAAUCAGAGUUUUAUAGGAAAGUGAGCUUUAAGAACUUUUAUAUUCAAUUCACGUUCUUAAUUAUGGUGUUGUUGAACUUGGAUGUUGGUAGUUGUUUGUAAACUGUAGGUUAAAGCAAUUAAGCUGACUGAUUGACAUCAUAAACAUGAUAUAAAGUAAACUAAUAACAUAAUGAGGCGUUCAUGGUUAUAUGAUGGGGAUUUGAAGCUCUCAGUGUAUGAUACGACACAACCCUAGAUGAAAUAGAAUCAAAUAACAAGUAUUAAUGAGUUGAUUUUUGAAUUCUUACCGCGUUACAGGCUGACUCGGUAUAAGUCCAAAGUUAUUCAGGCCAAAUACGUGGCGAAAAUUGAACGAGCAAUCCAAACUAAAUCACAAAUUUCUAACACUCAUAUCUCCUUUCUGGCCACGAAACUCAGCAAUAGGACAAACAUUGCUAAAGUAACAAAGUAUUGUACAAGAUAAUAUGUGGAGAUAUGUAACGUUUAAUCUGGAAGACAAAAUCACCAAUAGAUAGUCGAUUAUUAUUAAUAGUAAGCACGUACUACAUAGCCAUUAAUAAUAAUAAUAAUAAUAAUAAUGUGUUGCUUUUGGCUAUGUUGACGAGUGGACACAAACGUUCUUUUCUAAUUGUUUAUGACCUGUGGUCAUGUUAGUCAUCAAUUUACCCAUAUCGAAGUUAUAUGCAAAAAUGAGCUGUGAAACCAUUUGCAUUUCAUUCACCUCCUUAAUUACGGUGAUGUUGAACCUGAAUGUUUAUAGCUGUUUGUAAAAUGUAGGUUGAAGCAAGGAACUGUGUAUAACAUUACUAUAAGUGCAACACUAAUCAGUCACAUUUUCGUCAUAAGUCGAACGAUGCCUGUUUGUUGUGAGCAUGGUAACUGAACCUAAUUGUAAUUAACACUAAUUUCUGAUGUGUCUGUUGUAAGGAUAAUCAAUGAAUUUCUAUUAACGGAAUCCUAAAUCACUUAUUGAAUGUGACACUGAUAACUAAGUUUAAUUGUUUGUUUCACGACUGAUUUGUUAUUUUCAGAACUGUAUGAAGCUAUUAAGGUCCUCAAAGCUUUGUGAUAAAGUCUACGCCGGUGAACAACUAAAGGAAUUCGUGACUAUGGAAGAUCGUAUGGAAAACCAGUUUACAAGUUUACGAUAACUAUGUUUUAUAUUGCCUACUGACAUUUUCAUACAUCUAAUGAAUCAUUUAAAUAUAAAUAUAACAACUAUACUCAGUGUUUUACAUUAUAAAUCGUGUAUGUAUGUAUAAUUAGUCUAAAUAACGCCAUAACAAAUAUUGAUGCAGAAUAAUAUGAAUUCAUUAUAAUUCGUGAAUUCAUGGAACUAACAAGUAAUACGAUGGAUUACAUAAUAAUUCAUUUUAUUUUUUCAUAUUUAGUUACCAAUUUCUUAAACCCCCCUGCCACUCAUACCCGCUCACUUGAUCCUCUUCAAUUAUGUGAACUCUUCAAAUUCUAUUCAAUUAUUACGUAACACAACGUAUCAGUUCUUAAUUCCA